UUAGUAUCGAUUCCAUUGCCGUUUUAAAUCGUGGAAUCGAUUCCUUCACCAACACGUCACCCUUAGCGGGGUCGGCGACAAUGGCUGAGAUGCGGCAAGAGGAGUCAGCGGCAGUGGUGGAGGAGGAGGUGGUGGAGGUGGGAAGAGACCAAGUGGCUACAGAGCAGCAGACGCGUCACCUGGACCUGGUGUCUGUCUCGGGCCUCACGAUGCCCGCUCACGUCGCCGCGUUUGUGGAGAGCGAGUUCGGCGCCGACACCAAGCAGCUGAAGCGCCUGGGCGAGCUGCUGGGCGGCCUGAGCUCGCAGAGGGCCCGGCUCACGGAGCAGGUGGCGACGGCGCGCUUGGAGGUGCCACGCCGUUUGGAGCGGGCCCUGCACGAGGCCGAGGCGGCGGUGGGAGAGUUGGAGGCCCUCCGGGAACGGAGGGAGCGGCUGGCCCAUGAAGUGGAGCGACACGUGGAGGAGACUGCGCCGUGUGCCGAGCCAAUCGCACGGCUCAUCGGGCAGGUGGACGAGUUGGAGGGUUACCUGUCCUACCUCAAGUGGAUCUCGCAGAUCGAGGAGCUUAGUGACUCGAUACAGCAGCACCUGAUGACCAACAGCAUUGGGGAGGCGCUGGAGAAGCUGGUGUCUAUGUCUGAACUGGACCGGGUGCUGCAGCCUUCGUCCUGCACUCACCUGCGCCGCUUCGUGCGAUCCACGCUCGUCUUUUGGCAUAAGAUCCUCCGCGAGAAGCUCACCAAUGACUUUGAGGAGGUGCUAAAGCAGCUGCAGUGGCCCUUCAUAAGCACGCACCAAGGACUCGUGACCCCGCUCACGCCCGGCGCCAACACACAGGAGCUGCACACUAACCUCGAGACGUUCUUCUGUCACCUUCUGCAGCUGCACAUCCCGGACGAGGUUAUAUCGAGGCCAAGGCGCCUGCCAGAAGAGUACGCCCUCCCAGAGAUACCACCCAUCGCCCUGCCUUUCCAGCUCAUGCUCACUCCCUUGGAGAAGCGUUUUCGAUACCAUUUCCAAGGCAACAAGCAGACCAAUGACUUGAGCAAGCCCGAGUGGUACCUCACUCAGGUGCUGACGUGGAUAUCGCACCACAGCGACUUCCUGGAGACCACCAUCCAGGACAUCCUCUUCAAGGCAAACUCCCCUCUCGAUGCAAAGCUGGAGUUCAUCCGCGGGCUCAUGCUGCUGGUAAUGGAGAAGGCGGCGCACGACGUGCCUCGCCUGCUGUUCGACGACACCCUCUUCUGCCACCUGGUGGACGAGCUGCUGCUGUUUGAGCGGGAGGUGCGCGCCGCGCACGGCUACCCGGCCGCGCUGCCCGGCGUGCUGCACGUGCUCUCGCAGGAGGCCUGCUUCCAGAAGUGGCUCGCCGUUGAGCGCAAAUUCUCGUUGGAGAAGGUGGACUCCAUGCUGUCGUCGGAGGCGGCGUGGAGCUGCCAGUACCAGGACGUGGGGGAGCUGGAGGAGGCGCAUGUGCCCGACUGUGCCGAGAUGUUCAUGACCUUGCUGCAGGUGAUCACGGACCGCUACAAGUGGCUGCCCCAGAUGUGGCACAAGCUCAAGUUUCUCGAGCUGCAGAUGGACCUCCUGGACGACUUCCGCAUCCGCCUGACCCAGGUCAUGAAGGAAGAAGCGCACUCUCCGCUGGGCACGCGCUACUGCGCCGUGCUAAACGCCGCCGCCUACGUCACCAGCGUGCUCUCCGACUGGUGCGACAACGUGUUUUUCCUACAGAUGCAGCAGGCCUACCUGGAGGAGGCAGACGACAGGGCGACGGUGGGGGGACGCAUGUCGGAGCUGCAGCUGGGACAGCUGGCGUCGCUGGAGGCGUCCGUGUUCGACGACACGGUGCGCCUGCUGCACCGACUGCAGCAGGAGAUGCUGUCCAAGGUGGGCGACUGCGUGUUCAAGGAAGUCAAGGAGAAAGCCCAGCUGUACAAGAGGGAGAGGUGGCUGAGCCUACCGGCCCAGGUGGAGCAGGUGACCAUGUCGCUGUCGAGCACAGCGUGCCCCUUUGUGGUCGCCCUGCGCGACCGCCUGCUGCAGAUGGAGCGCCAGCUGUCUGCGGAACUCUUCUCCACCCUCUGGGUCACUGUGGCCGAAAAGCUCGACAUCUUCUUGUACGAGGAGGUGAUUUUAGCGAACCAUUUCAACGAAGGUGGAGCAGCCCAGCUGCAAUUCGACAUGAUGCGGAACCUCUUCCCACUGUUCGCCCAGUACUGCAAGCGGCCAGAGAACUACUUCAAGCACGUGAAGGAGGCGUGCCUGGUGCUGACCCUGGGCGUGGGACCCGCGCUGCUGCUUCGCGAGGUGCUGAACUCGUGGGCGAACGAGGGCGGCAAGGACGACGACCCCAGCGACGGCGAGCAGACCCAGCACACGGCGUUCACGUCGCUCAACGAGAUGGGCAUCUACAAGCUGUCGCCCCGCACCGUCAAGAUUCUGCUGGGCCUGAGGACAAACCUUCCCGCCAGCGCCUAGUGGCUCGCGAAGGAUGGACUGCCUUGUGAGUGCACUGCCAUGCAAGAUACUGUGGCGCCUUGCUUUCGUGUUGUUUCGUUGGUGAACCCCGAGUGGUGAAUGCUGAACAGGACUAAUGUGUUGCACUCAUUCUUAAGUGGAACAUGUUUGUGUGAAUUUCACACUACACCUAAGGGUAAUUCAUUUAUUUAAAUUAUUUAAAGUUAGGACCCUGGUUAUGGGACAUGAGUAAUACAUAAUGGAAAGCAAUGAUUCCUCCGAUGAGCCUUUUAAUGCGUGUAUGAUCGACUAUUAUAGUUAUGGCUUUUAAGCUCGAUCAUCAUCAGUCAUAUCAAGCUGUUGUUGGAUAAAGAUCUCACAAUCCAGCAAUAAUCUAUUUAGAACCUGGACAAGCUGUACUCAUUACUCCAGCUCCUUGGUAGAUGUACUCUGAUGCGUUCCAUCCUUUUGCUACCACUCAGUCUUUAUUAGUCAUCUAAGUACAAUUGUCUCAAUGCUGUUGAUACAACCUUGCAGUAAAGAGUAUAAUUUGUGAGAAAUUAAAGUUAACUUGUAUUUAAUUACCUUAAAAGUCAUAUUUUAACUGACAAAUCUGCACCAUAUUCCAGGAGGUUCCUAUCAGCAUCCUGGGAAUGCACAAGUAAUGAAGAAUUACAGCAGGAAUAUUUCAAUCUCAGCAUUUCUAUUUUUCGGAUAAACUAAGGACCUCACAAUACCUCUUAGCAGCAGGCAUGUAUCCUUAAUUGCUUUCAUUUAAUUAGUUUACUCUAUGGAAAUUGUUUUAAACAUUGGCAUUGAGGUUCAACAAUGUUAAGUGCUUAAAACUCUAGACCACUUGAUACAAUCUUCGAAUGAAAGAUGCAGAUUUUGAAAAGCAGUAAAACAUCACACGGUAACAAUUUCAGAAUUGCCGCAAAAUGUGUUUAUUGGACACUUUGGAUUUGUGUGUUCACAAAGCUCAUAAAACGUUUUUAUUUAUCUGGAUCUAUUCUCUCUGUACAAAUCAUUAUAUAUAAAAACAAAACAAUUUCUAUUUACUUUAAAUACAAAAUAUAUGUACAAAAAUAUUUCGGAGAUGAAAAUGACUGCAUUCAGCAUUGCUAAUAAACACCGUAUGCAAAAGAAAAAAA